AUUUUCUUUCCAUUUUUCAUUGGAAUUUGAUUGUAUUGGAAUUGGAUGUGUUGGUUUAAUGGUGUGAUUUGUGUUUGCAUGCGUAGAGACCAUUGCAUUUGAUUUCCAUGAGAGUUCCUUAACAUUUUCACUCCAUUUGAGUACAUGAUCCUGGCCACCAUUAUUGCAAACUGCAUUGUGCUGGCCUUGGAGCAACACCUACCGGCGUCAGACAAAACACCAAUGUCAGAGCGUUUGGACGACACAGAGCCCUAUUUUAUCGGAAUAUUUUGUUUUGAGGCUGGCAUCAAGAUCAUCGCCCUGGGCUUUGCCUUUCACAAAGGAACCUAUCUACGUAAUGGCUGGAAUGUAAUGGACUUUGUGGUGGUCCUAACAGG